GGGUUGUCACGUGUUCGUUUCCAUGGGUUUGAGGACGGGCCCUGCAGCCUUGCUCAUGAGCAAAGUUGUUGUCCCGCCUCUUGCCUCCUCAGAUCGAUGUCCGGAUCCAGAGUGCGCCGUGAGCGCGUCCGUCCCGUCCGGUUCUGCGGAUGAUCAUGCUGCGCCAGUGCGCCUGCAGAGCAUGGACACCGGAGCGCAGGCGCUUUGAAACUCUCUGAGAAACUCAACAAAAACUCUUCUAAUUUUGUUUUUUGUGGUCACUUCUCCGUUUUUUUUUUGCCAUUUUUCCCUUCAAACCAGGGGAUAUUUGAGUGUCUCAAACUUCUUUUUAACGCUUUGUUGGAUUUACUCCUACAGCAGUAAUGGCCACUGCCAGGCUUGAUUAUGUGGCUCCGUGGUGGACCUACUGGCUGCACAAUUUCCCACACUUCAACUUCUCCCUUCUGUCGGUCGACAGCACUUUCAAACCGGAGGAUGGCAGCUACCAGCAGUCUUUGGUACUUCUCGCAUGCCUUGGAGCGGUUGGUCUUGGCUUGAGUUUGCUGUUUCUGGGAGGGUUUCUGGUGUGCUUGUGCUGCUGCCGCAGGAAUCUGGAUGAAGAUGCCAAAAGGCCCAACACCUGCUGCAUCACAUGGGUUGCUAUCAUUACAGGCCUCAUAACAUGUUCCGCUGUGGGAGUGGGUUUCUAUGGGAACAGUGAGACCAAUGAUGGGGUGUACCAGCUGACCUACUCACUCUACAAUGCCAAUCACACACUGGAAAGCAUCGACAAUAUGGUUGCGACAUCUCGGGGGAAUGUGGAAACAGGAGUCAAACAGCACCUGGAACGCCUGGAUGAGAUCUUCGCUACCAAGCCGGAGUACCUUCAAGCUCUGCGCUUCAUGCAGCUGAUGAUGGGAAACAUCAUCCGUGAACUGGCUGCUCUGCCAGACAUCAACAAAACUAAGGUUGACUUGGCGGCUGUUGCAGAUCAAACGACUUUUGCUGAAUAUUAUAGAUGGCUGAUUUAUCUUCUGCUGCUGAUUCUGGAUCUGAUCAUUUGCUUGGCCAUGUGCUUAGGGAUGGCUAAGCACUCCCAGUAUCUGCUGAUCACGAUCAUGGGCUUUGUUUUACUGUCUUUGGUGCUAAGCUGGGCCUCCCUGGGGACUGGCACCGCUACAGCUGUGGGUGUUAGCGACUUCUGUGUGUCUCCAGACAAGUUCAUUGUUAACCAAACGAAGGAUUUCCUCAGUGCAGAUGUCGCGCACUACUAUUUGUUCUGCAGUACAAACCUGCCAAACCCUUUCCAACAGUCACUGACAAUCUGUCAGCGCUCCCUGACCACCAUGCAGAUCCAGAUCCAGGGCUUGCUGCAGUUUUCUGUGCCUGUUUUUCCUUCUGCUCAGAGAGACCUUACAGGCAUCCAGAGACUGUUAAACUCCACAGAGUUCAGUGUUCACCAGCUAACAGCCCUGCUGGACUGCCGUGGGCUGCAUAAGGACUACCUAGAUGCCCUAAUUGGAGUGUGCUAUGAUGGGGUAGAAGGGCUCCUCUACCUCUCGUUGUUUUCUCUUCUGGCUGCAUGCGCACUCUCUGCCAUGCUGUGUGUAAUUUUCCGACUGUGGACAUUAAUGGGCAGCAGGGAAAAGGAGUAUGACGACAUCGACGAGGAGGAUCCAUUCAACCCAGAACCCCGCCGCUUUUCAUAUAACCCCAGAAGGUCCAACACUCACAGCUUCUGCAGCUACAUCAGCAGCUUUGGCAGUCAGGCUAGCCUUCACCCUCCUCCUCAGUCUUCCUCUAGUUCCACCGUACCACCUCCUGAAUACAUGAAUCAGUCCAUGCUGUUCGGAUCCACCCCUCGAUAUGAGAAUGUGCCACUGAUAAGGGGAGGCUCCCCGCCUCCGUCGUAUUCUCCCAGUAUGAGGACCACCUAUCUGUCCAUGACUGACGCCCAGAUCAGACAUUUUGGCACCGACUUCCAGGUGUAGCCUGCUCCCCACCAGCUCCCCUGUCAGUGCUUCAGUCUAAGACUCUGAGCCCCUACAAAGAAGGCUGUCUUCAUGGCGUAAUCCUGUUUACUGGAGAGACAGCUUGUCGUCCAAUUUGAGACAUAAAAGCAGGCCAUAAGAGGCAAUCACUUUUGUGACACAUCCGUGCAGUGCUUGGAAAGCCCUGAAUGUAGUUUCAAACAAAGGGUGUCUGUGCCGAUUAAUCUCAUGACUGCUAUUUUCAUCAUUCUUUGUGAAAAUAGUGCUUUUCUAAUGUAUGUUUUUACAUGAUCCAAGUUCAAAGCUAUUGAAGUGAAAGAGUUUGGCAGCGUUACCAUAUAUGGAUCUCAAAUCACAGCAGUUCUGUCCUACAUGUUGUGUUAACCAGCAGUUCAAUAGAUAAUGAGAUAUUGUUGGCCUUCAUGAAAUGGUGCAAUAUAAAAUCCAUCUUGUACUAAAUGUUGUAAAUUUAUACCAAAGAGCCAAAGAUGCCUUUAAGGGUAAAUCAUAUAUUUGGGAAUGCAGGUGCAAAAGAUCAUCAAUUUUAUUUAUUUUAUUUUUUUGUGUAAAGUGGGUUUAUCACAACAAAAAAGUUACAAAUAUAGGUAAGGACAGUCAGGUUUGCAAAUUUUGUCAUUAUAUUUCCAUGUGGAAUGACAAUUAACUGAUACAUUAAUUUAAUUUUGUCAAUUUAUUUAUAAUCUGUUUGUUUUCCCCAAACUGUUGACCUUUGAUCAUUUGAAAUCUGCAAGAAAUCCACCUCUUCUUCUGGUGUAAAACAUUAUAACCUCACAGGAAGUUUAACAUAAAAUGAUGUAAAUGUACUUUUGAUUCAAUGUGAACUCCUUUAUACAAUUAGAAUGACCUACAGUAAUGCUAUUAAGCUAACAGGGAUUUGAAGUGACCUCAAGAUGUCACAGGGAAAUGUGUCCUCUGUCUGUGCCACAUCUAAAAGUAUGCAGGCAGAAAUUGCGUUACUUCCGCAUAAAUCAUCUUCCUCAUGUUAAGAAUGUAAAAAGACGUUCUUAGUGACAUGCAAGAAGAUUAGAUUAGCUUUUAAAAGCAGACUGUUCUGUGUCCUGAAUAGCUCAAUAUUGAAUACUGCAUAAAUGGUCAGAGAAGCAGUGUCCUUUGAAUGUGAAAGACACAGACUUCUUUCACUUUUGACUACAAUAUAUGCUUCUUUAACCUCCAAAACCUUA